GAGCAGCACGCCUGCCCUGCGUUCCGAGAAGCCAGAAAGGAAAGAACAAAUUUUGGAGAAUGCGUAGCGUCGGCGACGCCAAGCCGCCCGCGGCUCCACCGGUGCUGCCGAGCCUGCUGUACUCCGAUUCCCUCUCAAGCUCGUCGCUACACAAGCGCGACGACCACCCCGUCAUCAUCGCCGGAGCCACGUCUCCGCUGCCGCCGCACAGUGGUCUGCGCAGCAUGCUUACCAAGACGUCGCUCGAUAACGCCAUCAGUGCCGCCUCUCCACCGCGCACCGUUGAAGCGCGGGACGACCCGCUGCUCGCGUCACUGGCCAAGUCCGACCUCAGCGUGGCGCGCUCCGUCGCGGAAAACUACUGCCACCAGUACAAGGAGAGCGUGGCGGAAAACGCCCAACUGCGUGCCUCGCUGCAGCAGCACGAAGACGACUCCAUUCAGGUGGUGCACUUCCUUGAAGAAAAGCUGAAGGACCUGCAGACGGAGGCAGCCAACUACAAGAAGGGCAUGACGCAGCUGCUCGAUGACCACCGCAGUGCAGAGGAGGCACUGCAGGAGAAGUAUGGUGACAUGAUCCGCGAGCGUGACGCGGAGCUGGCCCGCUACGCGACCGUCACGGCGAAGCUGCAUGAUGACCUGCACCGGGCUUCCCGAUACGUGCAGCAGCGCCAUACGCACGCGACGGAGCUGCUGCAGCUGCAGGAGCAGUUGAGUGAGCUGGCCGCCUCGCACGAGAAGGAGCUCGCCGCGCUUCACUUCCAGACGGUGGACCGCAAACUGAAGUUAAUUGCGCUGGAGAAGGCGAUGCGGGCGGAGUUCGACGCGCUGGUGGAGGCGCGCGCCACCAAGGCCCUCGAGGAGCGCUUUCAGAGCGUGCUGGAGCGCACCCGCAACCUCGAAAGUGAGAAGCUCUCGCUGACGCGCAACUUACAGGACCUUAUGCAGCUCGCGUCGCAGCUCGAUGCAGAGCGGCUGCAAGUGCGACGCGAGGCCGCAGUGCAGCAACAGGCGCAGAAGGAGCUGAAGAGCCACGCCCUCGUCCGCGGACGUCUGAAGGAGCAGGCGGACCUCAAGGUAUAUCAGUUGGAGGAGCGCUUGCGUGAGGUAAGUGGGCGGUACAAGCGGCAGCUGGCGGAGACGGAGGCACGCCACGCGGCCCGCAUUGCCUCUUUAGAAGAGGAGCUGAAGGCAACUCGCAAUUCCUUGCAAAGCCAUCGCGCGGAACUCCAGCAGAUGCGGCAACUCACGGCGAAGGUCGUCGGCGAGCGUAGCGAGUUGGAGAACUUCUUUCACACCGCCUUGGCGGACUGUCAACGGUACCGCUGCGCCAUGGGGGCUGUCGUGCCAACGGCGACCACGGCAACAACAGCGGCACUUAAUGGGAAUAGCAGAGGCACGUUGCCCGAAAAGGUCGAGUGGGGAGGCGAGAAUUCUACGAAGAGCGGUGGUGUUGUGGCGGCGUCGGCGGCGUCCCUGGUUUCCGGCUCGAUUGGCGCGUCGCCGCAGCGGAACAGCAGCGCGCCUUUCGAGGACCUUUCCUGGAAGGACAAGGAGAAGGUCAUCAAGUCCCUGUUGUUCUUUUUGAACGCCAACUACUACAAGAACACGCCGGGCACUGAAAGCGGUCCCACCGAGUGA